UGGAACACCAAAGUCCUCGCGUCUGCCUCUCAUUGGAGCCGCUGGUGCCAUCUACUGAUCUCGCCUUAAUCUCUGAAACUCAAAAUAGCUGCCAAAUGAUAUUUGUUGUGUCUCCGGGAAAUGUGAUUGUGCGUUGUGCGUUUUCUUUAGGAUCGCUGCUGCUUAUCGGGAAUGGAGAACCUCACGCCCGAACAAUGGCGCGAGAUCAUGAGCAGGAAGAUGCGGUUCCCUCCGGAGCUCAUCGGCGCCAUUCAGGAGGGGAAAAUCGAGCUGCUGUGUGGACUGCUGAAGACCGGCGACGGCAUCAUCCGCCAGCUGGAUGAGUCUGAGGAUCGCCAGUGGAGGGAAGCCCUCAACCUGUCCAUCCGCCUGGGCAACGAGAGCUGCAUGGACGUCCUCCUGCAGGGGGUCAAGUUUGACUUCCGGCAGAUCCACGAGGCCCUGCUCGUCGCCGUGGACACCAACCAGCCCAGGGUGGUGAAGCGCCUGCUGGACCGCCUGGACCAGGAGAAGGGCAACAAGAUGGACGUGCGCUCCUUCUCCCAGGCCAUCUUUGACCACUCCAUUGAUAACUCCCAGUUUGCCCCUGGUGUGACUCCUCUGACGUUAGCCUGCCAGAAGGACCUGUAUGACAUCGUGACCAUGCUCACCAAAAAGGGUCACGUCAUCCCGUGGCCACAUAAGAUAUCCUGUGCGUGUCUGGAGUGUCGCAACGGCCGGCAGUACGACCUCCUGAAGUUCUCCUUGUCUCGUAUUAACACCUACCGUGGCAUCGCCAGCCGCGCCUACCUGUCCAUCACUUCUGAAGACGCCAUGCUCAGAGCUUUCAGCCUCAGCAGGGAGCUUCGUAAGCUCUCGCAGAAAGAGCCGGAGUUCAAGCCUGAGUACCUGGGCCUGGAGGAGCUUUGCCAGGAGUUUGCCGUUGAGUUGCUGGGGAUGUGUCGCAACCAGAGCGAGGUGACCACCAUCCUGAACAGCUGUGGAGACGAGAGCCAGGACUCCUUAGAGGAGCAGGCCUUUGAGGAGGGAAUCCCCAACCUGUCCCGGCUGCGUCUCGCUGUCAACUACAACCAGAAGCAGUUUGUGGCCCACCCAAUCUGCCAGCAGGUGCUGUCAUCCAUCUGGUGUGGGAACCUGGCUGGCUGGAGAGGCAGCAGGACGGCCUGGAAGCUGCUCGUAUCCGUGGGGAUCUUCUUCACAAUGCCCUUCCUCUGCCUCGUCUACUGGAUCGCACCAAAGUCAAAGUUCGGGAAGGUAAUAAAGACUCCCGUGAUCAAGUUUCUCCUCCACUCUGCCUCCUAUCUGUGGUUUCUCAUCACGUUACUCGGAGAAUCGAUAACAAUGGAGAUUCAUCAGGGCAAAUUUUCCUCCCGGGAGCAGAACAUGCUGCACAGCUCCUUCCACAUGGUGUGGGUGGUCGGAUUCUUCUGGUACGAGUGUAAGGAAGUGUGGAUCGAGGGCCUGCGCGGUUACUUCCUGGACUGGUGGAACUGCCUGGACGUGAUGGUGCUCAGCAUGUACCUGGCCUCUUUUGCGCUACGUUUGCUUAUAAUGCUCAAAGGUCACUUCCUCUGCCAUGACCUCGACGGCACCGAGGAGUGCAUCUACUUCACUCAGACCGAGCGCAAGGACUGGCUCCAGGAGGACCCCCAGCUGAUUGCAGAGGUGCUGUUUGCGGUGACGAGCAUGUUGAGCUUCACGCGCCUGGCGUACAUCCUGCCGGCACACGAGUCCCUGGGGACUCUGCAGAUCUCCAUCGGGAAGAUGAUUGACGACAUGAUGAGGUUUAUGUUCAUACUGAUGAUCAUUGGAACUGCCUUCCUCUGUGGGAUCAACAAUGUCUAUGUUCCUUAUGCCAUCUCUCCACAUCUCGGCAGGUUUAAUGAGACGUUCCACUUCCUCUUUUGGACCAUGUUUGGCGUGGCCAACCAGGAUUAUGUGGACAUGCCAGAGUUUAUGUUGGCAGAGUUUGUCGGCAGGGUGUUGUAUGGCAUCUUCACGCUGGUCAUUGUCAUUGUCCUCCUCAACAUGCUUAUUGCCAUGAUCACCAACUCCUUUCAGAAAAUUGAGGACGAUGCAGAUGUUGAGUGGAAAUUUGCCAGAUCGAAGUUGUACCUUAGUUACUUCCGAGAAGGCCUCACCAUUCCUGUGCCCUUUAACAUCAUCCCCUCCCCCAAAGCUGUGUUUUACUUAUUAAGGUGCAUCUUUAGACAAAUCUGCUGCUGCUGCACUUUUAAUUCCGAGAACAAAUAUCCCGACCUAGCCGCCAUGACCAACGAUAAGGUAUCUGAAGGCAGCGAGCUGCCUUACCGCCAGCAGGUGAUCAGAGCUCUGGUGCAGCGCUACAUUGAGUCGGCACGCAGGGAGUUCGAGGAGACCAAGAGGAAAGAUAUCGGAAAUCGGAUCACUUUGCUGACUAAAACGGUCACCAGAAUGCACAGUGACAUCAAAGUGCUCCACCAGGUUUUGAUGGAUGAUGGACACGCUGCAAGCGACCUGUCGGCAAAAGACGGCUCCUCCUUUCUGGGAAAAUACAUCACUGGUGCCAAGAACAAUUUCGUAGGUUUUAACAGCAAACAAGAUGAGACCUCACUUGAAGUGACAGUGCACCAUGGAGAAGGAAGGUUCGAUACAGAGACGCCUGACUCAAAACAACAACAAUCGGUCGCUCAACAGAGUCAGGUGAGCGAAUGCAGAGCAGAGGGAUCGCAGGAGGUAACCGAUCGGGAUGUGAUGAAGAUGGAGGAAGGCAGAGCUAAAAUAGAACCAGGAGAAGAGAAUACAAAGCAGGUGGAAACAGACAAAAAUGAAGUGACGGAGGGAGUGGUGGCAGGAAGGAGUUUUAAUCAUCCAGAGGAACAGCAAAAGGCAGAGGAUGAAGCAGAGAGAAGAAGAAAGGGCGAGAUACUCACAGGGGGGGAGGUGUGUGAAAAACACACGGAGACGACCUCCCUAAGAGGUCAGGGCAUCAAAGUCCACAAAGAGGAGACGGACGCAAAGAAAGUGGCCAACGAGGUCAAAGACAUAGAGCUGCAGGAACGAAAAGUGGGGUCGGAAUGGAUGAAUGACGGAGCGUUUGAACCUGAUGGAGCAAAGAAGCCCGGUGUCAGGGAGAGCAACGCGACACCCGGAGCAGAGAAACCCGUUCCCUCGCCAACGGGCAGCAGCAGCAGCAGCUCCCACGACACCGGCUUCAGUUCCCAAGAAGACGACGGGGCGACAGUGACGCCGUAGCUCUGGUGAUUUAAAGGACCGCGCUGACUGAGCCUUUGGCUCUUUGGGUAACAAUGGUCGGAUGAGAGGUAAAAGUUCCACUUUUUAUAGAGCAUAGUCUUGCAUUUUCAUAUUUAGAGGUGUAUGUAGGUGGAAUUUGUUCGGACAGAAAAAAUGCAUUAAGUAAAAAGUUAUUAAGCUAACCUAAUUAGCUGCUGGAUGUAGCUUCAUAUUCACCCAGCAGACAUGAGAUCAAUUGUUUCAUCGAAUUACGCAAAGAAAAGGGGACAUUUUGCAAAAUGAAACUUUUAAAUAAAUCAUUAAUUCAUUCUACAUUCUAGGCAACAUAAAAGAACAUAUCUUUUGAAUCUUUAAAAUUUAAAUGAAA